GCCGCUCGCACCCUCGCCACGCGUGCUCCGAGCCUCGCGCGGGCACAUGUCACGCGAACGCUACCGCGGUCACAGAACACCCUCUACAUAAUCCCUGCGAAGCCCCAAAGAGAACCCGUCUCACCCCCAAACUGUGAUAUGCUACUCUCACACACCGGAACAUGCAGAUAGCGCCACAAAAUUCUCCCGCUUCUCUUGGCGGUCUCCCUGUGAUGUUAUGAGAUAUUUAUAUAUUUAAGCGAAGAUGUUUGAAAUGUCAAUUCAAGAGUUAAACGGGAAUGGGCCGAAGAAGAGGAAAAAGUCGCUGGAGAAUAUCUGUGAUAAUGACGGGAAGGGAGUGGAGUUGAAUGGCGAGGAGAAGGUGGAAGGGAAGAGAGAUGGCUGUGAGCAGAAGGCUGUGGGCACGGAGGGUGUAGAGCUGCUGCAUUGGCGCGACAUGCCGCAGCACUUGCAGUUCAACCCGUACGUCCUCACGGGCUACCGACCCCUCCAGGACUGGGGCGGCUGCAUUAGAAGUCUAUUUUACUUCCACAAUGAAACAAUCAACAUUCUGACUCAUGGUGUAUCGCUAGUGUUCAUAGUGGCGGUGCUGCCAGGCCUGCUCCCGUGGGGCGGCGGCGGCGGCUGGGCGUGGUUCCUCUCACUCUGCCAUCUCCUUGGAGCCCUGGCGCCCUGGUGCGGCUCCUUCCUGUACCACCUGUUCAUGAACCACACGAGAGGCGCCAGCUUGUACCAUAGACUACUGCAGCUGGAUAUGCUGGGGAUAUGGGUCAGUCAGAGCAUAGGAGCGAUUCCUAUGGUAACAGCGACGGUAUACUGCGCCCCGGCACCGUUACGAUACGCCGCUCUCGCUGUGUAUAGCCUUGGAAGCCUUCUAGGAUUGUACAAGGCAAUGCGAGCAUGGUCACCAUGGGAGCGGCGACUAUGCUUCGCCGCCCCGUUUUGCAUGCGGUUACUGCUGGCCGGCGCAAGAGCGGCCCGGGUCGGGGGCGGCGACCCACAUGCUAUCCUGCAUGUCUUCUUACAGGACGCAGUGUCCCUCGGAGGCGGAGUGAUCGGAGCCCUCCACAUCCCGGAGAAGUGGUUCCCCGGCUCAGUGGACCGCUGCUUGAACUCUCAUAACAUUAUGCAUGUUCUGGUUGUGCUCGCUGUGUACUCCAUGCACCAGGUGACAACACGAGACCUUGCGUGGAUGUCGCGUGUGGACUGCCGCAGUCCCUUACGCCAACUCUGACGGUAGUUGGUGCUCGCCUGACUUCCCUCCCUCACCAAAUCGACUCAUCCAAGCACGAUUCACCAAAAUAACUAAGAAUUAAACAAUAAUGAGUAAAGAUGAUAAAGUUAUACUUGUCGGUAUAGGUUUGUCAUUUUUACAGCGAAAAAUAAACGUCAAAAAUGGAAAAAACUAUUAUUACGCCAUAGAAUAGACAGUUUGUUGGAAAUGUUGGCUGUCCCAGUAUCUAAGAUACGUUAAUUUAAGUGAUAAUUACAAGAAAUAUUAUUGCUAAGAUUAAACAAUAAAUAUUACAAAAACGCAUCAAAGCCACAAACAUUACCUAUCGAUUUUGACAAACAUCAACCGAAAGGUGCCGAAAGUUAUGAACAACAUAUCUUUCUCACUUCAUUUUACCUCCAAACAAAUAAUGUAGUUCAAAAAGGAAACUUGUAGACUCAUUUACGCUUUUAAUAAUAGAAUAAGGAAAUAAAGCAAUAUUGUUUAACAUUUAGAAAGGAUUUAAAAUUGAUAUUGUGCAAUUAGUUUACAAUAUUUUUUAAUAAUGAUAAGUUUUAGAUGACAAUAUAAUGGCCUAGGAAUAGCCUCGUUGUUUUUAAAUUCUUUCUAAUGUUUUAAGUAAUUAUGGAAGCCACAAUAAAUAUAUAGUUCAAAGUCGCGGCGUAAUAGUUAUAGUGUAUUGAUAAGAUUACACGUAAGGUAUAACAUUAAAUUGUAAAACACCUCCCAGAGACAAACUUAACUUACCUACAUGUGUAAAUUCGUCCAAAAAUGCGUGAACAAAUUACAUAAAGAAUAAUAAUAACGCGUGCUCAAAAUUGCAAUAUAUUAAAUUGGCUUAUCAAUAAAAUUAAACUUCCUCGUAAAUAUAAGAUAUCGAAAUUAAGUAUGAAAUAACAACAAUAAGGAAAACCGCUUUAGUGAUUAGAGUCAUAAAAACAUGCAAAAUAACACGUUUAAAAUAGUUAUACAAUUUUAGUGAAAUUUAAAAUUGUCUUCUUAAUAUUAGUCUCGUUCUCUUAACUAGGUAUCAAUUUUAUAAACGACCAAUUGGUGUGUUUUGUAACGUAGAAAAUUAAUCGCUUGACAAUCUUGAAAACAUUUUUGGCCAUAAUUUUUUUAUAGCUAUAUUAGUGUAGCCCUAAGUAGUUAGGUAGCAAAAGCAAUAAAUAGAUUUUAUUGUUAAGAAGUUUGACAAAAGUAGAAAUAGCACACCCAAUACCCAUUAGAUUUCAUUAUACCUAUAACAUUCAAGUGUCCUGAAAUGAGGUGCGGUUAAUAAAUAUUUAUUAAGAUAUAUAACACCUUAUAUUAUAUCUAUAAAACCUACACCUACAUGUCAAUAUAAAUCAAAAUAAAGGACUAAGAACUACAUUUCGCGCUUUUUGGGGCACUAUUGUUGUAGCCACACUUAGUUGGAUCUUAAAAGGUUUAUUAAUAAUACAAUACUUUUGUCAAAAUUCGGUUGUUUUACAUUUUAAUAUAAAUAAAUUAUUAUACAUAGGUAUAUGAAAAAAAUGGCGUUAUUCUAUGAAUUUAGCCGUUACUCCAUGUCCAGUUUACGCAAUCACUAUACUAUUACUUUGUGCACUACUAUUGAACUAAAACUUGUAUUUUUCGAUCAUAUUUCAAUUAAAUAUUUAUUUAUAACGUUCAUUAAUCAAAACUACUUAUUGUCUUUUUAAAGUGGACAUUUUAUGUAAAAUAGAACUCAAACAUUUCAAAGUAAUUUACAAAUUGUAGGUUAUUAUUUCUUAUUAAAUUAUUUAUUAGACAAAAUACCUACUUUACAUUAUAUUGUGACAAGUAAUUGUAGUAAAUUAUUAAAACUAUUUAGGUUAAAUGUAUGUUAAAUUUUAUUAUAUAAAAACAGAAGCAACGACAAACUAAAGUAAUAUCACAAAAUACCCACACUAAAGUUUCAAUAUAUGGGUAGGUAUUAUUAGACUAAAAUUCGUUAAAAAGUAUUGAAAAUCCAAGCGAAAAAAGACAUUUGAAAUACUUUCAUAAAACUGACGGUUUAAGAGGUUUUAUUUAUUACCACCUACUUAUUUUAUAAAGUCUCUUAUGUCAUAUUUUGUCUGUUCUUAUAAAAAAAAUGAUGUGCAGCUUUUACAUAAAAUUAAUUGUUAAUCUAAUUUUAUGUAAUGAAACCCAGUCAUAACUCAUUAUCAUACGAUCUGAUUCACAUUACCUAUUCAAGGAGUUCUAAUAAUAUGGAAUUAAAAAACAUCAAGUCACGUCCCUAACGCUUACCUGUAACUUAUCAUCGGGAACGUCCAUGACGUCUUUCGAGUUAUAGUGACGUACCUAUACCGUAUACCAUCGUAUAUAAUAUCAUCAUACCUUGCAUCAUACCUAUUUGUUUCCUUUUUCUGACAAUUAACAGGUUGUUCGUGACAGAAAUCAGGUUCCACACAAUAUCAUUGACCUUGAAGUUUCGUGUUGGAAUAAAUACUGAUUUUGGCACUCAAAACUUGUAUCAAGUUUCUUAUUUAAUAAACCAAAACAGAAAACAAAUGCAAGAACAAUGACGUUUAAAAUUAGUCCUUAGAAUCUCUUAUAUACUUUUCUCGUGCUAUUUUUUUAAUUUGCUCAUGCAUUUUUUUUUUCAUAUUAUAAUUAUCAUAAUGAAUAUUACAAAUUGCGAUAGAAAAAAAUUUCUAAUCAACAAUUUUAAAUGUAUUUAUAUAAGUGAAAAAUCUCUUUUACUGUAUUGAUAUUUCCAUUCACGCAUCGUUUGAAUCAUAUACCACAUGACACGUUGACAAAUAUAAUAACAACAAUAAAAAUCCUUGAAUUUAUAUUCAAGAACAGAACAUUGUGUUGGUUCCGGCUAUUAGUCAAAAUGUACUUUCGGAGAAAUAAUUGGCGAAUAAUACGGGCAAAUGUGUCUAAUAUAUCCUCGAAAUUUGACAGUCGGGAAAUUCUUAAACGUGACAUGGCGAUUUUUUUUUUUAAUUCCGAAACCACGCAACAGAAACCUACGGUCUAUACGUGUGCCACUUUAGUUACCUACGUAGGAAAUAAAUAAUAAAUAUUGUGGUUUCCUCUUACCCAAAAUUGAAGUACCUACCUAGUAGAUGCUAGUUUUUAAUAAUUAAUUUUAUCGUUGAAUGAAUACGCUUUAAGAACUUAACCUUUGUGUUAAAAUAAAAUAAAAUAUCCUUUUUUACUAAACAUUGUUAUGAAUGGAGAACGAAAUAUUAUAUUGUAAUAUAUAGCCUAUGUGGACUGUGGACUAGUUUUGCAAUUAAUACAUGUCAGCUCAACCAAUUGUUUAAAAAGAUAUUAAAAAAUAGAGAACGUAUAAGCCCAAUAUUUAUAUCUAUAAAGUAUAUCCUAUAUGCAUGGCAUGUCUUAAAAACGUUUUUUUCUUCUUUUUUCCUUCAUUUCGGUGGAUGUUUAUGGUAGUCACACGGUAGAUAUCACAGUAGAUAUUAUUCAGAAGGAGUAGUCCCGACCUUGACAAUCAAUGACUAACAAAUGUCAACAGACUACAGCUAACCUGAGUCUAGACUGACACUGACUCAAUGCAACCACAAUAUACGGACUGACAAACAGCCACGCGACAAACAUAGUUAAUAAAGGUAAAUAUGACUAAUAAAAACUAAGUCUACUUUAUGAUAUGCUGCGAAAUUUUCCUGUAAAACAAAUAAUUAAAUAAAUAAAAGGAUGCAUAAAUGAAUUUUCAAAUUACAAUUAAAAGAUUGGUAGACUUUUUGCUUUUUAUUUUCGAUUUAAUGGUGGUAGCUAUCUUUAAAGAAAGAUAGUAGAAUGAAAAUUUGAAAUAGAAUAAAGUUUUAUAUAUAUAAUGGCUUUUUUUAUCUACACUUUGCCCGAUUAUUCACAGAUCUAGUCGAUUAUUCAUAAGAAUACCUAUCUAAUUUAACUGAAAUUAUAAUUGCAUUCCUUAAAAUAGGUCAAUUAUUAAUGAACUUAUUUAUUUCCUAAUCUUAUGUUUUAAAAAAGAGUGAGACUUACUUAUUAAUAACGGAAAUAAAAGCUAAAGGUUGUUCGCCCCUGAGGUUCACAAUAACAACUUUACAAAAUUUUCAUCAAUAUUGAUGAGAUUACAAUAAGGAUUAAAAAGAUAUUAAAUAGGAAUCUAAUGGUAUGGACUCUAGAUCAUUAUUUAAAAAAACUGCACUUGAUUGCGCCCGAAUAAACUAAAAACCCGAAUAACAACAAAGGCGUGUUAUAAAUUAUAAUGUAUUAAUUAAAAUAUUAUUAAGAAAAAAAU